CGCGCGUGCCACCGCCUCCCGCCGCUGAGCGGGGCGGCGCGCGGCCGCUGUCCCUUCAGCACCGCGCGGCCGGUGGGGCCGCCCGCCCCGCCACCGGCACCGGCACCGGCACUCCCUCCGGCAGCGGCAGCGAGGCGAGCCCUGGCGGCCCCCGCGGGCGGCGGCGAUGGCGGGCCGGGGCAGGGGGCAGCAGGGCGCGCCGGCGGGGGGCCGCGGCCGCUGAGAGCAGGUUUUCAUUCCCUGUACACCUUUGGAAGGAGCUCACUAUGACAGGGCAGAGUCUGAAGGCUUUAUCUGAGGCGAAUUUUGAAGACAAUGAGAUCAGCAUCAACGUUGGAGGCUUUAAGAAAAAGAUGAGAUCCAACACAUUAUUAAGGUUCCCUGAGACAAGGCUGGGCAAACUGCUGAGCUGCCACUCAAAGGAGUCGAUACUGGAGCUCUGCGACGACUAUGAUGACACCAAGAAUGAAUUCUAUUUUGACAGGAACCCCGAGCUCUUUCCUUACGUGCUACAUUUUUAUAACACCGGCAAGCUCCAUGUGAUGGGUGAACUCUGCGUGUUUUCUUUCAGCCAGGAGAUUGAAUACUGGGGAAUCAAUGAAUUCUUUAUAGACUCCUGCUGCAGUUACAGCUACCAUGGGAGGAAAAUGGAGCCAGACCAAGAGAAAUGGGAGGAACAAAGUGACCAGGAAAGUACCACAUCUUCUUUUGACGAGAUUUUGGCGUUCUACAAUGAUGCCUCUAAAUUUGACAAACAACCCUUUGGAAACAUCAGGAGGCAGCUCUGGCUUGCCUUGGAUAAUCCUGGGUACUCGGUCUUAAGUCGAAUCUUCAGUGUCCUUUCAAUAAUGGUGGUGCUGGGCUCCAUCGUGACCAUGUGCCUGAACAGCCUCCCAGACUUUCAGAUUGUUGACAGCAACGGGAACACCGAGGAAGAUCCUCGCUUUGAGAUCGUGGAACAUUUUGGUAUUGCAUGGUUCACUUUUGAACUGGUGGCGAGAUUUGCAGUAGCUCCUGACUUUUUAAAAUUUUUCAAGCAUGCCCUGAAUUUGAUUGACCUAAUGUCUAUCCUUCCAUUUUAUAUUACCUUAAUUGUCAACCUGGUGGUGGAAAGUAGUCCGACUUUAGCAAAUUUAGGCAGGGUUGCACAAGUCCUGAGACUCAUGAGGAUCUUUCGCAUCUUAAAGCUUGCUAGACACUCCACAGGUCUCAGGUCUCUUGGAGCCACCUUGAAGUACAGCUACAGAGAGGUGGGGCUUCUUUUACUUUACCUCUCUGUUGGCAUCUCCAUUUUCUCGGUAGUGGCUUACACCAUUGAGAAAGAAGAGAAUGAGGGGUUAGCCACUAUCCCUGCUUGUUGGUGGUGGGCUACUGUUAGCAUGACCACAGUUGGCUACGGAGAUGUUGUGCCAGGGAGCACUGCUGGCAAGUUGACAGCAUCUGCAUGCAUCCUAGCCGGUAUCCUAGUGGUAGUGCUUCCCAUUACACUGAUCUUCAAUAAAUUCUCCCACUUUUAUAGGCGUCAGAAGCAGUUAGAGAGUGCCAUGAGAAGCUGUGAUUUUGGUGACGGCAUGAAAGAAGUUCCAUCAGUCAACUUAAGGGACUACUAUGCUUAUAAAGUUAAAUCCCUUAUGGCCAGUCUUACCAAUAUGAGCAGGAGCACCCCCAGUGAGCUCAGCCUGAACGAUUCACUGCAUUAGUGUACAAGUUUGACAGCAGUUUGCAUGAGAGCUAUCAAGAGCUACGUUUAUAAGUGUUUUCCUAUUUGUCUUCUUUUUUCUUAGAGGAUAGUGUUGCUGACACUGCACUAACUUUGCACUUCAGAAACUAAAGAAGUUUCUAUUACAAGUUGACAGUUUGCACAUUUUCAUCCUGUUGCAUAGGUACUAAAUGCUGACUUUUCCAUACAAAUGUUACCACUUCCAUCACAUUAGUGCUAGUGGUAUAGUGAUGAUCUGUUACUUUGUGCAUUUCCUCCUCGUCUGAGCAGAGGAAUGAGCGUACCCAAGUGAAAUAAAAAUUCUCAGCUGUGACACAAGUAAUGAAAAAAAUCAACUAUCACCUAUGCUGGUAUCUGUCCUAGGACUUCCCACGCAUUUUACAACAGUUCAAAAAAAUCACCUGUGAAUCACUGACUUGGGAACACUCUUCCCCAUCUUUCUGACCGGUAAUUCUGUCACAUGUCUGAAAACACCUCUGCGCUUCACAUUUUAAUGGAAGUUUGUUUACUCUUGAACACAUGUGUUAAAAACUGGGUGUUCUUGUUCUGAAAUGUUAUGUAUAGUAAUAUUCUUCAGAAGCUUCUAUGCAUAGACUUACCUCUGCUUCCCAGAUUAGGUCAAUUCUGAGCCGUCUGAAGAAGCCCACCCCUCAUUUUAAGAUAGCGAUGUGUUCAAAGACUACAUUUCCACAAGUGACUCUAGGUAUGGAGGCCCAUGAAGACAUCUCAGGUUCCCAUUUCCAGAAGUGAUCUGCAAACAGCUUGGUUCCAGUGAAGCUGAAGAUACGCUGUACUUCAGUCCAUCAAAAUGGUUCUGAGAUUAGACACACAAAAACGUGGGUUUUCAACAAUUAGAAGCUCCAAUGAAAAACUUGGAUUUGUUUAAUGAAGCAAAAUAUUCCCACAUGAACAGUACAGGCAGCAUUUUAGGAACUGGCAUUCAUAUGCUGCAAAAAGACUAAUUAUAAAGAUGCCAUAUGUGAUGCCGAGAUAUAAAAUCUAAUUUUAUCAGGAAAGCUUGAAAGCAAGUGCUGAUGGCAGACAAUUUCAUUAAGCUUUCUGCCAAGGAAAUUCUAAGGGGAAAAAAAACCCACCCUGUAAGUCACAUUUUCCCUCAGAAAAGAACUCACAACUUACAGCUAAGGAAGAGCAUAAGGGCCUAAGAAAGGAACAGAUAAAGAAAAAAGAGCUUAAUACUGCACUCACUGUGGGCAGAUCCUCCUACCUGCUUCUGUGACGCAGUCAAUUUAAAUCCUUUCAAGGUCUGGCCUGUACUUUUUUUUUUUUUAAAAAAAAAAAAGACGUGUUAGCAGAUCAUCUAGAUCUUCAAGAGUAAUCAUGAGUCUGCAUAACAUUGUUUGAGUGCUCAGUCUUUUCCCUUAUGCAGUUGUACAGAGAUCAAACACUUGCAGCCAACAGGUAGAAGCCGCUGCUUCCCUCUCUUUAUACUUCCAGGGACCUGUGUUAUAAAACGAACUACUGGCACUCGGUGGGCAGAACAGCAUUUCUCUUCAGAUCCUGCUGCUUUUCCAUCCCAUAUAUUACAUACAAUGUUCCAGUUAGUUAUUUUUGUUUGUUUGUUUUACUUGUGAAGACUAGAGAGGUUCAGAAAAUAAAUUCAAACUAGUUAAAAGCUAAAAUAAUAAAGCUAUAAUUGCCAUGUUUGGAAGCCUGUGUUUGUAUACCACAACAAGGAGUGGCCCAACUGGCAGAAUAAAGCAAAGAUGGUACAAAUGGGUAAUUUCCAUUUUUAGGCUAUUAGAGGCUGCUGUCUGGUCUGGAACUUUUGUCAGUGUUGCUGUAACAGCUCCACUUAAAACCAGAAAGCUGAGCACUCCAGGAUCAGACUCCUGGUUUGCCCACUGAUCUAUCACAGAAUACACAGUGUAAAAUAACUUACCCACACACACUCCCACCAUUUCCUUUGAAUACCCUCCUCUCACGUCAGUUAGCAGUUGAUGUAGGUCAUGAAGUGUCAGGGAAGCUGGUCCUUUCUAACCUUACCAAAUAAAACUCUUGGAGAUUUCAGCAUACCCUCCACAAAUUCCAAAGUCAAUAGCCAAGAUAUUACCUGCUGCCCUUGAAAAUCGAAGGGCCAUAUACAUGGCCCUGAAGGUAGACCUGGAUAACCCAAAACAGGUGUCCAAACUUGAAACAUUUUGCUGAGGUUUUCACUUCUGGAGGGCUGGUUCAAGUUCUCUGCUGGGUCACAGGCACAAAUUCAAUAGUCUUAUCCCUGAUUCGUAUUGCAUGUCUGUGAACUAUCACACACCUACAAACGCCCACCCAAAACAUGGCACAGCACUAGGUUGCCUGUUGAAUUGAAAUACCAUGAAAGGAAUAAGGGAAGGAAGAGCUGGGCUUGCAUAGCACAAACACUCCGGUCGGGUUACAUGCUGCAAGGGUGGCAAACCCUUCCUCUGAUGUCAAGGACACUGCAAGUUCUCGCUAGGUCUGUCGGCUGGGGGCCUUCAGAGCACUCGGCUCCAAGCUGUGGUUUUAUCUCAGUUUCACAAGCAGUAGAUUCACAGAGUUGAAAACCAAUGACUUUCAGGGCAGUUAUUUGAAGAGACCUGUAAACUUGCCAAAGAGUCACAAAUCCCCUCAGCUGUUGCUAGUUUAGCAUUGCAAAGGUUGGAUCCAAACUUUGCAACACAUCAUUUCAAUAACCUACAGCUUAUCUUAUGUUCUAGAUUUAUUAUUAUUCGUAGGGCUGAUGCUCUGUCAUUUCUGCAAAUAUUGAAUGGAAUGUAUCCAAAUUGCAUUUUACUAAAGAAAAUGAAAUACCCCAAGGAAUUAUGACUUUUAUUGUACUGGUUGAAAGGAAUUUUCAUUAUUGCUUUUUUAUAUAAGUGCUUUGGAUCAAAGACACUAAAUAAAUAACAUACUGAAAUUUAAUAUGUUCUCAUUAUCAUGACAAUGACUUUACACAGUACACAGGAAUUCCCUUCAUAAACUUAACUAAUUCCAUGUUAAAAGCAGUCAGAUUUUUGCUCCCCUCUCCUCCAGAAGAGCAUUCCAGAGCUGUGCUGCUCUCCAAGGCUUGUGCAAUUUUUAGCAUAAUUUUACUAAUGGCUGCUUUAUAUCGGUGUUUUUCUCAUGCCACCACUGUUCUUUAGCUUAAAUAUAUUCGUUUUCCUCUUAGUGUUUGCAUGCACGGUGUAUUUAUAGACAGCAACCAUGUGCCCUUACAUGCUUAUUUUCACAGGAUUAUACCUGCCAAGCUUCCUUUUAGUUUUCAUUUUGGCAAGUCGUGUUCCACUGACCAUCCUACGGGGUGUAGCCUUUUUUUCUGCAUUACUUCUGCUUAGGUUUAAUUUGUUUGAGCCAGCAUUGUGCAGUAUUGGAUCGCUUUGUGCAGCAGUUUUAAUAUUUGCUUAUGACUAAUAGAAUUUUUCACUGAGGAGGAUAACAAUUGUUCCGAUUUAAGUAGUGCUGUUGUCCUAGCUCCCCCGAAAUAUCUAGGUAAGGAAGAAUGAGGCACACCCUUCCUGCCAUUUUAUGAAGUUCUAGGGCUCAGUCCAAUAAGCUGAGAAUCCUCAUCUCUAAUUAAAUAAAAAUGACACAAUGUUUACACUUUGAAGGAAAGAUUCAAUCUCUCCAAUGCCUCAAUGAGGAGAAGCGGUGGUGUACUUUUUGAGUAGUCAGUACUUUUGCCAGACUUCUUCAACCACUGUUUAGUAAGAGCAGGGCACCUUCACUUCUGUAAAACAGCAGGUCAGAAAUGAAGGAUUAGAGGGACUAAUUGGCCAAUUGCUCCACUGUCUGAAACUUGGAAAUUGUGGUCAGAAAUCUGCUUACUGUGGAUGUGCAGUUUAAUGAAGAACAUUGCACUUGGCACACGCUGCUCCUUCCUUGGGACAGUCACCUUCUUGGCACCAGCGACAAUGCUGUGCCUACUCUCUUUUGGCUGAAAGUUUUGAAUUGCCUAAAUAAGGAUUAUGUAAUAUUUCAAAAGAGGCAACUUACUUUAUUGCCAGAAAUAAACUGUUAGAGAAUCUUGAUUUCUAGUACUAUUUCUAGGCUAUUAUGAGAGUUGGAGAUGUCCUUGAGAAGCAAUAUGUUACAUUAUUUUCCUGAGAUGUAAAAUCUAUAUAUAGAUUGUGAUUAAGCUUUUUAUGUAUGUUCAGAUUCUGUAACAUUGCCUGGUUUAUUAUUCACUUACUUUCAUCAGUUGCUAAUUCUCUCUUUCCCUGCAGACUAUCCAUUUUGAAAGCAGACUGGUUUUUGCUACAUGAGCUACUUCACACUGCAAACUUAAAAACAAAGAACUUUGCAUUUAAUUUUCCACUUUAAUACCUCCAGUAUUUGUACCUUUUUGUACAGAAUUUAUGAGACUGCAGGGAACUACUGUAUCUGGUGCUCUUUGUACUGCGUUUCUUGUCCCAGCAGCGUGUAACACACUCAAGAACUCGGCUUUGUGCCACAAAAUGGAAAUUAAAUGCAUUUAAAAGUAUCUUUCACCAGGGAUUAAGAACCGAUUUAAAUUUCAGGAUAAUCUGCGUAUAUAUUAUAAUCAAAGAGAAACCUGGAUCUCAUUGUGAAGUUAGGGGGGUUUUAAACAUACAGAUCAGGCUAGAUUUCUGUUUUUAGAAAUACUCUUAAUUCGUGGUUGUGGUGAGGGAAAACUCAUUUUUCAGUUGAACAAAUAGCGCAAGCUUCUUGUUCUCUACCUCACAGAUUAGGGACUAAGCAGCAUACCAAUAGGACUUGUAGGUGCUAAAUCAACUUGACAUGACCUUUCAUCUCUUCCCAAACUACCCCCAUCCUUAGAGGCCCCAGCUGUGCACAUACAAGCAGCAGAAAGUCCCUGGAGUAACUUCUCUUUCUGUGCUAGUUAUCCAUUUCCUCUCACAAUACCCCUGACUUUAAUCUACCUUUGACGGUACUUUCAAACAACAUUCAACCCACAGUCACCACUCAUAUCCCUUGGUGAGGUGUUGUGCCAGAACUAUUCUUUUCUCAUCAUGUUCUUUUUUUUUUUUCCCCUCCAGUUUAUGCACCUGGUUUCCCAUUAAGUUACACUAGAAAUUAGUUUGAUCUCCUGUAACCUAUUUUCAAGUCACCCACUACUUAGGAAGGGCUAGAAGAAUAUUCCCAUCCAGUUUCUGAAGCAUCUUUUACUGAUUCUGCCUUUUUCCUUAAAAAAAAACAAAACCAAAACAAAAGAAAGGAAAAAAAAAAGAAGAAAAAUAAGACAAUGCUUCUCACCUUCGAAUAAUUUCCUGAGUUAACAAUGGAACAAUAGGCAACAAUGGGCAUUACGUUAUUCAAAGCAACAGUUCUCUGCUUAGUUGUUUCAGAGACAGCCGUAAUGUCUGUGCCUUCAGAGCAAUCACUGAAGUUGUUAAGAAACAUCCCCCUCAUUAAGGAUUGUGGAUCUCUUCACCUCUCAUAUAUAAAAUCAUGGGUUGUCAACUGGACCAGGCAACCUCCAGUCUAGAAAGUGUUUCCCAAGACAGCAUGACACUGCUGGCAAAGGUCUGGCUCUGGUAUUUAUUUCUCCUGCUAGCACAGAGGAUGGAGAAUAGUCUCGCAGGUGUUGAGACUCAAACUGACCUCCCACUGGACACUGCAGAAAUUUGUUUCCCUGACAUCGCCUCACCCUUUACACACAACCCUAAAUCAUGCAAGUCCUCGCUUGGAUAAAUGCAUAUGGCUGGCUAUAGGAGGCAGUGGCACAAAUCCAACUCUUCAGCUUCACAGAAGUGUAAAAGAAACAUCAGCACCUCCCACUCUUUUUUCCCUUUCAGGGUACCAACGGGGUUUGGCUUCUCACUGAUCCCUGUUCAGAAAUAAACAGGGCUACAUUUUUUGGCGAUCAGACGAAGUCUGCUAUAAAUCAGCCAAUUUCUUUUAUACAUCUAAAGCACCCUAAAAGAGCUGCCCACUUUCAGAUGCACAGCCCAACAUCUGCUUUUUGUCACCACCUGCGCAGGUGCUCUGUGUGGUGCACAAGUCUGUGCGGUUCUGAGAAGACUAUUCCACUGAUUGCACUGUCGACCUUCAAAGAAAACUUUUAAUCACAUUUGGAACAUGAGUGGUACUCAAACAUUGCGGUUUGCUUACCAGCAGCCACUGCUCUGCCCAUCUCAAGUCCCGUACCUCUUGCUUCACCCUCUCUGUUUGACAUGUCCUGACGUGGCUAUUCCUGCAGCCCCCAUGACAUGUGAUGACCAGGUGACGUGCUAGAGGUGUAACACCGCAAAGCGAGUGGCUGGAGUUCCUGAUUUAGGAAUGUUAAUCCCACCAACUGUCAGUGGAAAUCAGCAUUUUAAAUUACUAUGCUAUUUUUGAAAUUUAUGUUCACUCCCAUCCUAGGAAACAUUCUGCACAUCGACACCCUAGUACAGCCCCUUUAAUGACCAGCUAUUUAAUUACCAAGUAAACUCUAAUUUAUUUCUAUUGCACUGGUGCCUAAGCACUCCAGAUCAUGAGCUAGCACCUCUGUAUGUUAGGUUUUUCCAAGUAUGGCAAAAGAUAACACAUCAUAAACAUGGUUUACUUUUGGGGAAAAUCUGUUCUUUAUGUUGUUUCUUCCUUCAUUCUUUCCAUCCCAAGGCACAGCUUCCAACUGUUGCGGUUAGCAUGAUCCUGUUUUAACAUUUUGAGCCCUACCCUGAAAACCCAGAGGAAGAAGCCCUGGAUGUAUUUUUCUCUGGUGAAAUGGCUCUCGGUGUUCCCUGUGGGAGCACAGCUCUAAAGAAAACAGCUGAAACCUGGAAAGAGGCUGGUGCCACUUGCAAGCACCUACAGGAAGAGUGGGUCACCCCCACCCGCCUCCCCCUCUCUUGCAGUGUCAGCAGAGAGGCAAGGCAGGUCCCCACAACUGGAACACCUCAACUGGCCAAAGGCAGGAUGUAGCUCCUCCUCAGACUCUUUCGUGUUCAGCCUGGCAGGUGAGCUACCAGGUUUGACAGUUGUUUUUUGCAUGGGAAUGCUCAGCUGCAGUACUGGAAGUGCUUUAUAAAUACAGGGGAAUUUUGCUUAUGCUUUUGGUGGCAAAAAUGCACCAAUCCUUCCUUAAACUUCCGUUAGUGAGAGCAGCCCUGCCCCCAACUCUUGUGUUCCCCAAGCACACUGGAACUGUACUGGAGCUCCCACCAGUGCUGCCAGGGCAGUGCUGGAGAGCACAAAGGACACCUCCUCAUGCGAGCUCUUACACAGCACUGACACAUCCACUAGCACACAAAAAUACAAAUGUGCUGCCUCACACUUGGCAGAAGCCUCAAAGCACUGAAACCAUUUAACACGCCAGGAGAUGGGAGUCAUGCUGGGAACAGGAGGUUGCAGGUGUUUCUAGGUGCAUUUGAUUUUCUUAAGAAUCCCUUUAGAUUCAGAGAGAGGUCAGUCUAGGCGUGCCAAGAAUAUGGAAGAAAAAGGCUUUGACAGACAGUUAAUGUUUCCUGAAACAAGGUACGCGACAGCUUUUCAUCCUGAGAAAGCACAAAUAGAAAAGCAAAAUGCACCUCUCCAUCCUGCUGGAGAAGGUGAGAAAAAAGCCAUGGUGAAUGAAAGAUUAGUCUGCUUGGGUUCUGGGCUUUUUAUGAAACAUUGAUCCUGUAUAGUCCAGAAUAGAAGACAAAUAUGCCUGAACAGAAAGCAAAGCUGCAGCUGGAAGAGUGUUCAGAUUCUUUCCUUGCAAAGUGCACAGGACAGCCACGUCUGGCGUGGUUUCAUUUAGAGAUCUGGACCAAACAUCAGAGACCAGCUUCCCAAAGCUUAGAUUCCCACAUUCUUAAGCACAGCCAGGGGUGUUGGGCAUACCCUGCCCUCGCUCGGGGCAGCAGCAGGGAGCUCUACACACGAGGUGGGCAGCCUCGCGGUACUUUGGGGAGUAAGGCCACGCAGCUUCGGUCACUUGCUGUGAGGGGGGAACACAGCAGAUGUUUGGG